AAGCUUCCCGAGUGAUAGAGAGCACAAGACAGCGCUCGCUGUUAGCAAGGCUCAUCCUCUGAGCAGGGACUAUGGUCCUUGGCACACCACCACCCUAUAUUUAAGGCUCUGUCUUCUCAUCUGCAGAAAGGAGUGUCAGAGAAAGCAAACUGGAAGUCCAGGCGUCUCAUCCUUCCAGGGGGACUAUGAGCAGGAUGACUGGGAUGAGAUCCAGCACUCAGCCAGGGGCAGAUGGUUGUGGCUGUACAACUUUUCAAGUCAAGUGUCACAUUGAAUUAAGUCCAUUCAUUAAGACUCCGCACGCUAGCCCAAUACCAUGUAUUCAGCAAGCUGGAAAGAAGCCGCGGGCAAAAGCACUGCCAAUCAGAAAGUCAAAUCUAGAAAAACCUCAAGUACCUCCUAAGCCAACCCAUCUACUAUCAGGAGGCCAGGGGAAGCCUGGCCAGAAAAUUCCUCCUGCUCCCUCAAGACCUCUGCCUUCUGCACCGAAAGUCACCAGGCGAACGAGGGAGAAGAUCCAGUCUGACAGAUCUGACAUCAGCGCUCUCAUUCAAAAGUUUGAAAAUAUCAGACAACCUACACAACUUAUCAAACGCAAUCGUCACAACGCCUAUCUCAAAAUGGAACCUGGCUCAGGACCUUCCAAAUGCCCUUGCCCUUCAAGGAAAGAUUCAGCGGUUGAGGGUGGAUUGUCUGCUGAUGAACUGACUGGUGCGGAGGAUAAUGAACCUGCUAUUUCUCACAAUACUGACCUCUCGAGUCCUGAUAAUGUUAAAUUUAAGGAGCUAAGUAUCACUGACAUCAACAACUGUGGGGAAAGCUCAUCCAUGCAUCGAAAUGGGGAACCUACUAGGGACAAUGGCAACGAGGAACUUACAGUAGAUCAGAACGAUAAUGGUAAAAUUCCCAAUCGAGACAGCGGUAUCGACAGCCCUUCGUGUAGCGUGGUAGGGGAGGUGUUUUCAAAUGAAGAGACUGCAGAGCAGAGGAAACUUACGUUACCUGUCACCACACAUGAGAUAAGUAACAGUGUCUCUGUGGAUCAGAAGAGGGACUCCACUCAGGAUGAAGAUAGUGACAUGGAUGAAGGAAGCAGUGAAGAACACGAAAGCACAGAAUUGACAAAAACUGAGAUUAUCGACACCACAAAGUGCACAGAAGCCCAGAAGCUGUUUAAUAUUGCAAAUGAGCUGCUCCACACUGAAGAAGCCUAUGUGAAAAGGCUACAUCUCCUUGAUCAGGUAUUCUGCACAAAAUUAGCUGCAGCGGGUAUUCCACCUGAGGUGACGACGGGUAUAUUUUCUAAUAUUUCAUCCAUCUACUGCUUUCAUGGCCAGUUCCUGUUGCCUGAACUGAAGACGCGGAUUACCCAGGAGUGGAGUACAAACCCACGGAUUGGAGACAUCCUACAAAAGCUGGCGCCAUUCCUUAAGAUGUACGGAGAAUAUGUAAAGAACUUUGAUAAGGCUAUGGAUAUGGUAAACACCUGGACUCAGAGGUCUCCUGUCUUCAAAGAGGUUAUCCACACUAUUCAGAAAGAUGAGGUUUGUGGGAACCUCACACUGCAGCAUCACAUGCUGGAGCCGGUUCAACGGAUUCCCCGCUAUGAACUUCUUCUGAAAGAUUAUUUAAAGAAACUGCCGGAGGACUCGCUUGAUCGGAAAGAUUCGGAGAAGUCCCUUGAGCUUAUUUCCACUGCAGCGAAUCACUCAAAUGCAGCCAUUCGGAAGAUGGAAAAGAUGAACAAACUGCUGGAGGUGUAUGAACGGCUGGGAGGCGAAGAGGACAUUGUGAAUCCCGCCAAUGAACUCAUUAAAGAGGGACACAUCCAAAAACUAUCCGCAAAGAAUGGGACCGCGCAGGACCGCUACCUGUACCUGUUUAACAUCAUGAUUCUAUACUGCGUUCCAAAACUCAGGUUGAUGGGACAGAAGUUCAGUGUACGGGAAAAGAUUGACAUUGCUGGAAUUCAGAUCCAGGAAAUUGUAAAACCAAACUCAUCUCAUACUUUUCUGAUAACGGGGAAGAAGCGGUCACUAGAACUGCAAGCCAGGACUGAAGAGGAGAAAAGAGAAUGGAUCCAGGUUAUCCAAGCAACGAUUGAAAAGCACAAACAGAACAGUGAAACAUUUCGAGCGUUUAACAGUUCCUUCUCCCGCGAAGAAGACCAUUGUCCAGACUCGCCGAUAGCAACCCCUGUAUCAUGUGAUUCUGCACCCGGAUCAGAUGGCUGCAAUUCACCCGGAGGACCAGAAUCAUUUAGAAAGUCUUCUAAAAUAAAACGGGACAAGGAAAAGCAUGGUUGUAAAGGCUGUGGGGAAACCUUUAACUCGAUUACAAAAAGAAGACAUCACUGCAAGCAGUGUGGGGCGGUCAUUUGUGCAAAGUGUUCAGAAUUCAAGCUCCUUGCGGAAAACAAUCGUCAUAAUCGUGUUUGUAAAGACUGCUUCUCUCCGAACUCUGCGGCGUCUAGUCCCGGGGGAACUGACAUCCCAGAAAUUAAGAAGAAAGCUAAUGUAGAGAGGCGAAUUUCCCUGUCUCCGGAAAGCAGCGUCAUGAGUAGCACCAUCCUUUUCCUGGAAAAGGGGAAGACGUGGUACAAAAUGUGGGCUUGUGUCCCCAAGAAUGAACCUCUUGUCAUGUAUCUCCAGGGCUCCAGUCAGGAUGUCCGACCUCAACGUGCCAUACCUCUGCCAGGCUAUGACGUCAGCUUACCAAGUGCCAGUGAUAAGGUGGACUUAAAGCAUGUAUUCAAAUUAAGCCAAUCCCAGCAAACGUUGUUUUUUAGUGUUGAAGAUGAGGAACUACUGAUUAAGUGGAUGGGGCUUCUAAGUCGAGCAUCUAAAGGAGAAUUGACAGAGGAGGUGGAAUGUCCUGAGAACGUCUAAAUUUCAACAUUCCGAAAACUUUUAAUAGACAUUUCUUUAAGGAAAAAAAACAAAAGUUUAUCUGAAGUUUGACAACCAAGUAACUUUCCUGACAUGCUCAUGUCUACAUAUUAACAUCUGUGGUGUUCCCCAUUUUCUGUAAAUUUCCAUAUUUGUACUUGUGUACAAUGCGUAACCUGUGUCCUGUGCCUCUAAAUAGGCAGCUCUUUUGACCGGCGUCUCGAGACUGCAGUUAUAGCACAAAAUUUCUUCAGCCUACUGUUUUGUAUAUGUGUAUUUAAGAAAACAAAUUCUAAAUCCCGUUUAGUGCAGAUUGUAUCUGUGAAAAAGUUUUAAUGACUAUCACCUUGCCCAGAGUGGAAAGAUCACAUGACUGCAGACAUGUGAUUACAGUACCGUACCGAUCUCACCACAGCAGAAAUGGAACCGGACUUGAACUUGUGCAGCUAUUGAUCAUUCCUACACUUCUAACCUCUUGGAUGCCCGAAAGUAACAGCCAUUUUGUCGUAACUGUCAGAUAUUGAAUAUUGCAAUCAAGAGUGUGUCUACCCAUUUGGCAUGUUGUUUACCGAUAGUGAUGGGGGAAAAAAAAAAGUUAAUCAAGUGUUGUAUUUAUGUGAAGUAUUAAGCAAUUUGUACCAGAACAAUCCAUAUACUCCAUAUGUGAAAAGACCCCAGAUGAAGCACCUUCUGCAUGUUUAAAUGGCCGUAGACUCAUUUUUUUUAAAGUCUAUGAAACAACUUUUUAGCACUGCUGGGAACAUACGUUUUUUUAAUUGUUCUUUCUUGUUAACCCUGUGUUUUUAUUUAUGAUUUGUAAAUAAUGUUACAUACAUAUUUUCAGACAUUUUAAAAAGAAAAAUAAGCUAUUAAAAAAGUUUAGCACACGUUGA